UACCAAAGUUUUGUUGGAUUAUUUAUCCAAAAUCCAAUUCACACAUUACAAUUUACAUAACCAGAAGAAGAAUAACAACAAAAAAAUGUCUUCACUUUCCUCCAACUCUUCGGACAAUAAGUCUUCUAGUUCCAAUCUUCCAGUUCGAGAAAUCCCAGGUGACUUUGGUUAUCCAUUCUUUGGAGACAUUAAAGAUAGAUAUGACUAUUACUACAACCUCGGAACCGACGAAUUCUUCCGUACUAAAUCGCAAAAAUAUAAUUCAACUGUAUUCAGAACGAACAUGCCACCAGGUCCAUUCAUAGCUAAAGAUCCCAAAGUCAUCGUUCUUCUUGACGCUGUUAGUUUUCCUCUUCUUUUCGACAACUCAAAAGUCGAAAAGAAGAACGUUCUUGAUGGCACCUUCAUGCCACCAACCGAUUUCUUCGGUGGAUAUCGUCCUUGUGCUUUUCUUGAUCCAUCAGAGAACAAACAUGCUACACUUAAAGCGUUCUAUUUAUCCUUAAUCUCAAAAUUACAUAGUCAAUUUAUUCCUUUAUUUAAAACAUCUGUUUCUGCCAUGUUUCAAAAUCUGGAAAUUGAAAUGGUGAAAAAUGGGAAAGCCCAUUUCAACGACAUUAGCGAUGCUAUGUCAUUUGAUUUUGUUUUUCGUUUGUUGUGUGACAAAACAAGUCCCCAUGACACAAAUCUUGGCUCCAAUGGACCAAAAUAUUUUGAUUUAUGGUUGUUGCCUCAACUGGCUCCAUUGGUUUCUCUUGGACUAAAAUUUCUUCCCAAUUUUCUGGAAGAUUUAAUGUUGCAUACUUUCCCAUGGCCGUUUUUUCUAGUGAAAUCGAAAUACCAGAAGCUUUACGAUGCUUUCAACGAGCAUGCUGGAAGUAUACUGAAUGAAGCAGAGAAGAGUGGGAUCAAAAGAGAUGAAGCUUGCCACAACUUAGUCUUUUUUGCAGGGUUCAAUGCUUAUGGUGGGAUGAAAGUUCUGUUUCCGUCACUGAUUAAGUGGGUCGCAAGUGGAGGGAAGAACUUACACACUCGGCUAGCAAAUGAAAUCAGGACGAUCAUCAAAGAAGAAGGUGGGUCCAUCACUCUAUCAGCAAUCAGCAAGAUGAGUUUGAUUAAAUCAACAGUGUAUGAAGCAUUGAGAAUUGAACCCCCAAUUCCGUUCCAGUACGGUAAGGCCAAAGAAGAUAUCAUGGUCCAAAGCCAUGAUUCAAGAUUCUUGAUCAAGAAAGGUGAAAUGAUAUGUGGAUAUCAACCACUUGCUACAAAAGAUCCUAAGAUUUUUGAAAAACCUGAAAGUUUUAUUCCAGAGAGAUUUAUGGGUACUGAAGGGGAAAAAUUAUUACGAUAUGUUUAUUGGUCAAAUGCAAGAGAGACUGAUGAUCCAAUUGAGAAUAACAAACAAUGUCCAGCGAAAGAUUUGGUUGUGCUGUUAGACAGGUUGUUGUUGGUGGAGUUUUUCCUGCGUUACGAUACAUUUACCGUGGAGUCAAGUAAAUUCUUGUUUGCAUCAUCAGUAAUGUUCAAAACUUUGGAAAAAAGAAAAAGCGAUAUGAAUUAAUAUUGAUUUAGCUAAGGUCAAAUAAUUAUAUAAGUUAAUAAGCUCAUGGACUCGUGGUCUGCAAGCAAAGUACUCUCUGAACAUUGUUGUAUUAAUUUAUAGUAAUAAUUAAUGAUGAAAUUAGUGGAUGUAAUAGUGAUGUAUAUUUGCUAUGCGUGCCCCAAAAAUAAAAAUAAUUAUAUUCCUUUCUUCUUGCUUA